AUGAGGCCGGGUGACGAGAUAAUAAGCAUUCGUGAAGUGUGUCUUAGUGACAAGUUUGACAAAAAAGAUUUGGGAUUUACCGGCGAACCGCUGUUGUCGAAUUCAGGGAGGAAUGAUCUUUUCCGUGACGGUUUCUUCCCUGAUGGUCUGGAACCUCAGCAGGCGAGGUUCGCAUGGACCGAAGAGGAUGGCAACAUCGCGUCUUUGGUCUCCGAACCGGGGUUUGGUACUACAGGUCAAACCACCUUCGGCAAGGACCUGGAUGCCGCACUUAAGAACGAGAUGAAGCAUGAAGCAGAUACGUCAAGUGCUGUCUUUCAACCAACCAGUCGUAAUGGGAUGACGUUUACCAGGAAACCUUAUGUAGAGCCUCACCUCGUUUCUUCUACAUCUUCUGGACCAGGUAAAACUAGUCAAGGAACAUUUAAGGUGGACAAGACCGAUCCACGCUCUCGAUUCCACUACGUAAAAUAUGUAAAGAGACACGGGCGCACUGUCAAACUGUGGGAAUGCGGUAUAUGUAGUCGCGAAUUCCAACACCAAUACACUCUGAUGCGGCAUCUGCCAACACACACCGAUGAAAGGAACUUCCACUGUGACGCAUGUGGCAAGAGCUUCCGCCAACUCUCCACUCUCAGCCAACAUAGAGCUAUACAUUCUGCUGAACGCCCAUAUUCUUGUGAGGUAUGCAGCAAGACCUUCAACCGAGUAUCCACUUUAAUCUCCCAUCGUAAAACCCAUUCCGAUGAGAAACCUUACAAGUGCCACAUCUGUCCCAAAGGAUUCCAUCAGAAAGGAAACUUACGCAAUCAUCUUUUCACUCACACUAACGAACGCCCAUAUCGUUGCAACAUUUGCUUGAAAGGCUUCAACCAGCAAUCGAACUUGGUCUGUCAUAAAAACAAGGCACACCCUGAUGAUAACUGUCCUAAUAUACCAAGAUCAAGAUCAGCACCACGUUUAACGCGAUCUGGUAAUGAAGGACAACCAGAUUCUACCAGACCACCAGUAGAUCAUUGCGAAGUUUCCUCCUCAGUUGGUCCCUACCUUCCUUCAGUAGAAGGACCAUCAACGUCCAAUUGGUCAAAACCAACCCCUUGGGAACUACCAAAACCUUACCCCGAAUCUAGAGAUAUAUGGAACAACGAAAAUCCCUGGGGUUCUGGCGUUAUAGUGGAUCCUAUAAAAACGUAUCACAUGGGAGUUGCUUUGGCUACUAAACAGACGCCGUUCGCUUUGCUAAAACCGGAUAAUGGAGCUCCUGUAUUGGUUAAAGUCGUUGAUACUAGUCUACCCGGUGGGAAACAGAUGUUAGUACCAGCAACAGCUGAAGAUUUACGUGAUGGGGGAAAAAUAGUAGUAAAUAACGAGGAAAGUUCGUCUCCAGAGGUAAAAUAUGAGCACGUAGUUGAAGGUGCAGGACCAGAAAUCGGAGGUGCCGUCCAAAUAAGAGUGCCAGUCGUGGCCACUGUAGUCCCGAAGAUCAGACCUAGUGGUAGAUUGCAGCUAGUCGUUGAAGAACCUCACCAUGCUUACCAUACUGCUUUGUCUUCUGAUGUUGUAAAUGUGGAACCGUGCACCAGUACAGAGAAGAUCCUUCCGCCGGGUGUUCCUCACUCUGACCCGCCACGCCGCGUUGAACCCUGCAAUACAUACGAUGAAGAUAAUAUAAGACCAG